AUGUCGCUAAGAGUGGCACUCGUGGCACUGGCUGCAAUUGCGAGUUCGAUUCAUGCUCAAGAUGAAGCCAGUCGAGCACCAUGCUCGCAACUUAGUGCUCUCUCGACAAACGAUACCAAAUUCUUUCCCGCCGACCUUGCACUCUCGUGUUUGCGCUCGGUACCACUGGCAAGAGAAGACGAUCUUGUACAACUUAGCGGUCUGCGUACCUUUCUGGAGUUUCAAAGCGAUCUGGACUAUCUUGCAGAUCCUACUGUCGGUCGCAUUUAUCCUGGAAUUGACCUGCUGGCUGGCCUGGACGAGCUCACCUCCAUGCUCGAGGACGAUACCUACGAGAACGAAUAUGAUUUUCAGAUGGAUGUGUUCAAACUCUUUUCAGCGGCUUACGAUGGCCAUCUUUCGUAUAUCCCUGAUAUCGUGGAUGUGUUUGCUUUUGGCAGGUUGCAGAGUGAAGAUCUAGAUGAUGAAGGAAUCGCUGACUAUUUCUCACUGAUCUCGAUCAAUGGUCAGGAUGUCGUGGCUUGGCUCAAUAGCUAUGCAUCUCAGAACGGCCGGUCGCAAGAUCCCGAUGCGAACUACAACCAGGUUUUCGUCAACAUUCCCAAAGUGGCAUAUCAAGCCGCCGAGACAGAUUAUUUUGCCGUCUCCAGAUUCUACCAAGGCGAUGAUACCGUGCUUACCUUUGCUAAUGAAUCAACCCUUGAUGUGAUGACCAGAGCACAAUUGCUGUCUAACAAGACACUAGAGGGUCUUACUGAUGGCGCGAGCUUCUUCGACAGAUUCUGUAGCAACAACCUGACAGAAAUGAUUCUGGCACAGGCGAACGCUACUGGAACAGCGCCUUUGCAGACUGCGACCAAUGUUACUCGAGUACCCUAUGAAUCUAUCUCGACGGAAGGUGUUGCGCCACCACACCCAGCUUACCCAAGCCCAAUCGCCAUCUCUUCGGACAAGAGUGUUGCUGGCUACCUCUCCGAGACCAACUCCGACCUUGCGAUUCUUUCCGUGCCCAGCUUCUCCACGACCUCUCCUGUCGAGUUUGAGAAUGUCGUGCGUCAGCUAUUGGCGACUGCGAGUGAAACCAAACGCACCAAACUCGUCAUCGAUCUCCGUGGCAAUGGCGGAGGCACCAUUUUCCUGGCUUACGAUCUUUUCCGCCAGCUGUUUCCCACUGAAGUUCCUUAUGGUGCAGGCAACUACCGCGCAAGCGAACUACAUAACUUUACAGGACGUGUUGCGAGCGAGAAUAUCGACGCACUUGGCGCUGCGUACCCUGAAUUGGUCAAGUCUGGUGUCGAUGGAGUUGUGCUCAACAGUUUCAACUACCGCGAGCCAUUGACUGUGGACAAUGAGCAAUUUACUUCUUGGGAAGAAUUUUUCGGACCGCAGGAGACCGACAGAGGAAGCUUUACCUCGUUGAACCGCUUCAACCUUACAGACAUCUCUGCCACAACGAUACCCAUACUGGGCUAUGCAGACGGCAACACCACACAACCACGCACUUUCGCACCCGAAGACAUCGUCCUCCUCCACGACGGUACCUGCGCAUCCACCUGCGCCAUCUUCAGCGAACUCAUGUCCUCCCAAAUGUCCAUAUCCAGCAUCGCAGCCGGCGGACGGCCCCAAAAGGCACCCAUGCAAGCCGUCGGCGGCGUCAAAGGCUCCCAAGUCCAAGGCAUGUUCAUCCUCUCCACCAUCGUCUCCGCCGUCCUCGCCGCCGCACCGCCUAUCGAGCAACUCGCCUUCAUCUCCACUUUUGGCACCAGCAUCUUGACGGCAACCAACAAAGCACUUUCCCGUGCUUCGUUUGGCGGAACGCUUUUGGUAAAAGCGUCUGUCAAUUUCAGAAAUGAUAUAAGGAGAGGAGAUGUUGACAAGACGCCGCUGCAAUAUGUUUAUCAAGCUGCGGAUUGUAGGUUUUUUUAUACGGCAACGAUGUAUGUUGAUCAAGCUGCCGUGUGGGACAAGGCGUAUGAUGCCACUUGGGGAAGUAUGCAGUGUGUGGAGGGAUCUACUUCUCAUCCUUCCUCGGUGGCUGGUGGUGGCAACAUCACCGCUGGACCACCAGAGACGGCGCGCAAUUUCUUUGGAGGCAAUGCGAGUAUUGUUCUAGGAGAUGAUCUGGGGACUAUUUGGAGAAACGGCAGUUUGGAAGGUGGAAGAGGCAGUGGCUCUGGAAACGCUAGCAACAGCUCUGGCAAUGGUUCGACUGAGGGAAACAGCGAUGGCAAACAAGACGACAAGAGUGGUUCCAACGUGUUGGCAGUGCCUUUGGUCUUGACUUCGUCUCUGACCAUCAGCAUAAUCUUGCUGUUUGUAUAG